AACCUGAAUCAAACGGUCACAAAUUGUAAAACAUGUUCUAGGACAUUAGGCAGGAUCAUAUUUUCAUUUUUAUUUUUUGCCAUCCGACUUCACUGUAGUCUGCCGCUCCCCACCUCCGGCCAUGGCGCUCAUACUUUCAGCCAGCUUCUCAAUGCCGCACUGCCACCGCCAAACUCAAUUUCAGCUUUUUUUGCUGCAGGCAUCUUACUCAAGGAGAUUAACUGGUGGAAGACUUUCAAAUUCACUAACCAGCCAAGCAGUUUGUGUAACUGCGACAGUGAAAAAGCAUGUAUCAGGCAAGUAUUGUGGUGAAGGCAUGAUUUCAUCGACGGGGAGGCAUUCAAGAGAGUGGGUCGAUAUAGGUGGUGCAUGUUGUUGUGUACAUGUCCAGAUUUCAGGGUUUUGGAUGGGGCCAGAUGCAGAAGACGGAUGGGGUUUCGUAGAAGCCACUGUAUAUAUGUGGCGAGAGGUUGGUUCAUCCCCCAGGCUUCAACUCGAAUAUUGUGAGCAUGUUAAAUUAGAGGGCGUCUAACUUACAUACUUAUUUGGUAACAUCACAAUUUAUUUGCGUAUAUAGAAUAUUUGGAUAUAGCUUGUGACUUAUUGAUGUGUAUUUUAGGUACUCACAAGCACUCAAGUUUAACUGCAAGAUUACAGCCAAAGUUGUACUCCCUCAGUCUGAACUAUUUUAUUAUUACUUCGUCCCUAAAA